AUGAAUAAUCCUAAAAUUGUGGUACUUGGAUCUUGCUCUAUCGACUUUACAACAUAUGCACCUAGGCUACCCAACCCUGGGGAAACACUCCAUGGAACAAAAUUUAAUACUAGUUUUGGAGGGAAAGGAGCCAACCAAUGUGUGGCAGCCGCCAAACUGGGUGGAAACACCUUCUUGAUUUGUAGAGUAGGAGACGACCAGUGGGGUCAAAAAUAUAUAGAGAACUUGAAAACUGCUGGUGUUAAUGUAUCACAUGUAUAUAAGACACAAAAUGUGACAACUGGUAUUGCUCAAAUCACAGUAGCUGAAAAUGGGGAGAAUCAAAUAGUAAUAGUUCUUGGUGCUAAUGGGCAUCUUAGUAAAGCUGAUGUGAAGGCCACAGAGGCCUUGAUAUCCUCCGCAGACGUACUUAUAGGUCAAUUGGAGACUCCCUUUGAAACAACUUUAGAAGCAUUUAAGAUAAACAAAGGACUCAAACUUUUGAAUGCAGCUCCAGGAAGAAGUGAUAUUAAAGAAAUUUUGCCUUAUUGUUCCAUACUAUGUGUAAAUGAGUCUGAAGCUUCAAUUUUAGCAAAACAUAACGUAGAUAGUGUUAUGACUGCAGCUGAAGCCUUGAAAAUAUUACUCAAUUUAGGAUGUGAAACAGUAGUAAUAACUCUUGGUGAGAAGGGAGCUGUGUAUGCAACAAAGAAUGAGACACCAAUACAUGUGUUUUGUGAAACAGUAGUACCUGUAGAUACUACAGGGGCAGGCGAUGCUUUUGUGGGUGCACUUGCAACAUUUUUAAUUUCAAAUAAGGAACGUCCAUUGCAUCAGAUCAUUGGCGCGGCUUGUGAAGUAGCCACUUUGUCUGUCACUAAAGAAGGCACACAGACUAGUUACCCAACUAAUUAUAUUCCUUUCAGAAAGGAAUACCAUUAUGAAAUGCUUUAA